AUGUGUAAGCGUGCAACCAAACCUAGAGCCAUUUCAUUCAAACCCCUAUCAAAACUGUACACCACCGACCCUGUAAACAGACACCCACCAUCCAAACUGUACACCACCGACCCUGUAAACGGACACCCACCAUCCAAACUGUACACCACCUACCCAAUAACCAGACACCCACCAUCCAAACCAUCAACCACCUACCCAAUAACCAAACACCCACCAUCCAAACCAUACAUCACCUACCCAAUAACCAGACACCCACCAUCCAAACUGUACACCACCUACCCAAUAACCAGACACCCACUAUCCAAACUGUACACCACCGACCCAGUAACCAGACACCCGCCAUCCAAACUGUACACCACCUACCCAAUAACCAAACACCCACCAACCAAACUGUACACCACCGACCCAAUAACCAGUCACCUACAAUCCAAACCAUACAUCACCUACCCAAUAACCAGACACCCACUAUCCAAACUGUACACCACCUACCCAAUAACCAGACACCCACUAUCCAAACUGUACACCACCUACCCAAUAACCAGACACCUACAAUCCAAACCAUACAUCACCUACCCAAUAACCAGACACCCGCCAUCCAAACUGUACACCACCUACCCAAUAACCAGACACCCACCAUCCAAACCAUACACCACCUACCCAAUAGGCAGACACCCACCAUCCAAACUCUACACCACCUACCCAAUAACCAAACACCCACCAUCCAAACUCUACACCACCUACCCAAUAACCAGACACCCACCAUCCAAACCAUCAACCACCUACCCAAUAACCAGACACCCACCAUCCAAACUAUACUAA